AAGGCCGCUUAGCGUUGCAGUGAAAGUGUAAAAAACUGAGAGAAAAAUGUAUGCUUCUUUGUAUUAUUUUACACUCAUAACAAGAAUAUGUUGAAAAAUUAUCUUUAUCAGAGACCAUCGGCAGACAAAAGUAUAUAUAAAAAAAGAAACGUACGACUGAUCGUUGUCCAAAGUUCCAACUACCAAAUGUGCUGAUUAUUUCAGAGCAUGCCGGCUAAGCUUUUAAGAGCUUAGACAUGGAAAGCUUUCGUGCAGUGCGUUGAGAAUAAUACCGAUUUAGUUCUGGCACAGCUGUCUAAGCUGAAAGAGGUCGAGGGAAUAUAACUAUUUACUUCACAAUCCACCAACAGAAAACAAGAGUUAAUCGCAUAUUUAGUAAUUACGGCAAGAUAAUAAAGUGGAAGCACAACAAUUAGACUCGUCAAGAGCAAAUAUCACAAAUAUCAAGAGCGACGUUCAAAGUUCAGUGUAUCAUCUGGGUAUGGGAACUUUGUCAUUAGACGAUUACGAGGAUGUUAGGAUUUGGGCCCCUUGGGGUGAUAUAAGUGGCCGUUGGUAUGGCAAUCGUACAGAGCGUCCCAUAUUGGCCAUACACGGUUGGCUGGAUAAUUUAGGAACUUUUGACACAUUGAUCCCCCUGCUACCUGAUUAUUUAGGUGUGCUGUGCAUCGAUUUGCCUGGUCAUGGAAAAUCAGCACGGAUUUCAAAUGGAAUGCAUUAUAGUGUGCUGGAUUAUGUCUAUAUAAUACCGCGAGUAAUGAAGGAAUAUAAAUGGACAAAGAUAUCAUUGCUGGGUCAUUCAUUAGGUGGCAUUUUGAGUUUUGUUUAUUCAUCACUGGCUCCCCAUACAGUCGACAUGAUUAUUACCGUGGAUGUAUUGCUGCCCUUAAUGUACCCACCAAAAGCGGCAAUACGGACUGCACGAUUUAAUAUGGAAAAACAUUUGAUUGAGGAUGAGCGACAAGAGAACGGUAAAUUACAAGAGCCACCAUCCUAUACAUUAAGCCAACUGCGAGAAGUUAUUUCAUCUGGCAGCAAGUAUUCAGUUCCACCGGAAUUCGCCCAACAUCUUCUCUAUCGCAGUGUUGCCAAAUCGAAUCUUUACCCGGAUAAAUUUUAUUUCUCACGCGAUGGACGCAUUAAGUUCUAUAGUCCUAUUAUAAUGGAUGGUGGACUUGCCGCCGAGAUGGCAAGGCGAAUUAAACGUAAACCCUAUCUGGUUAUCAAGGGUUCUGAGAGUCCGUUUAUAGGUCCCCACUGUGAUGAAGCUCUAUCAAUUCUUAGCCAUGAUAAUCCACAUUACGAGUAUUAUGAACUUUCGGGUACACAUCAUGUCCAUCUACACAAUGCCGAAGAGUGUGCCAAGUAUAUUGUGCCAUUCAUUCGUCGUCAUCGACCACCGCCGGUGGCCAGUUGGUCGCUUGUCUGUGAGGAUGAUCAGAAGAUUAGCAAAAAGGAGCAUCGCCGGUUUCAAGAACGCUUCUUCAAAUGGAACACGAGACAACAACGCAGUAAAUUAUGAAAUAUUCUGUAAACUGUCACAGGACUACUUCCAGAAGGUAUAUAUACGGAGGUGCCACAAUUAAGCUUAUCCUUAUUAAACAUUUAUUUAAAUAGAA